AUGGCGGCGCUCACUGCGCCGGCGGCUCUGGCUGCGGCCGCCGCAAAUGAAGCGGCCAGCGUCAGUCAACAGCCUCUGGACCUGGAAUUUGCCAUGACCAUGAGGCAAAUUGAGCUGGCGCUGAGUAUGGUGUCAGAUCGACACAUGCGAAUCCGAGGUGAGCAAUGGGCGCAGCGCCUGGGACUCCUAGCCAAGCUGCGGCAACCGUUGUUUCAAAAGGAUCGCAACUUGCACGCUGAUUUGUUGCUGAAAUGCAUCCAGGAGAACCAUUGGUCAGAGCCCAUGGACAAACAUCCGCCCGAAGGGCCCCUGCCCUCGCUGCCACGCCACGUGGCCUGUGCCCUGCGCCGCGCUCGCCUGGAGCGGCGUCACCUGGGCGCUGGCCCAGCGCUUUCACCGCGGAAACGGCAGGAGGAAGGCGUUCAAACCGACGGCGGCCAAACGAGCCAAUCCCUGGCCCAUGCUGCAGCCACUGCUGUGAAACCUGCCACGAAUCUGGGUGGCUACGGCUACAGCCGCGCAUUGGCAGCACGAUUGGCGCGCUUGGAGCUGCAAAACAAGCAACUUCGAAAGCAACUGGACGCGGUGGUCCAGCGCAGUCGUUCCACCUCCCCUGGCCGCGGCACUGGCACCCUGCACCGCGCCCGAUCGCGGGAGACGCUGCCGGGGUCACCCACCAUGGCGCGCCCGCGGUCACCAAUGGUGCGGCCAACGCCGCAGAUGGCAGAGAUGGAGCCGAGUACAUUAGUCUCACAUGCUGAAGUUCCUGCAGAUACAGAGGCAUUCUUGAAAUAUUUGGAUGUCUUUCAAGCGCAGGACGUGGCCCUUGCUGCCUCAGCAGCGGUGGCGUUGCGGAGCGAGGCCUUCACCGAGCGCCGCGACGCCUGUCGUGUGCUGGCGCAACUAAAAGAAGCAGCCAGGCCACACUUAGCACAGCUGCUCCACAUCUCUGAGUCCGAUGAAGACUAUGAGGUGCAGAAGGCCGCCAAGAACGCCCUGCGAAGCUUGCGACGCCAGGGCAUUAGCCCGGAGGUGUCUGAUCCAGUCCCAGUGAUUGCAGAGAAGCAGAGCCUACAGAGCCGGCGGGAAGUGAAAGAAGAGGUGCCCAAUGACAUCGAUGUCGCUGAUUGGCUCGGGCCAAAGGCGCUGUUUGACAUUAACGGACAGAUUCUUGAGAUGAGCCUGGAGAACCAGGUGACGCCAAAUGACUUGGUCCAAAUCUGGGAGAGGCACCGUGAAUUCCGCGCCUCCGCAACGGGCAAUUUUCUGCUUCCAGCCCGCUGGCCUCGCUGCAGCUCAUCGAUCCCACUGCGCAGCCGCGCCAGCCGCGCGGACGAGGACAAUGCCCAAGGCAGUGUUUGGUGGAUGGCGCUCAACAGCAGCGAAGCCCUGGAAGCCGAGGAUCGCUGGGUCGAAUUGCCGGUCUUUCCGCUGAGCGGCGCCUACUUUCCCUUCUCCGAAAUGGAGCUGAGCAUCUUUGAGCCCAGGUAUCGUCAGCUCUACAACGACAUUUUGGUCUCGGGAGGACGACGCUUCGUGGUCGUGGCACCGCACCCGGAGGAGGAGCGAGUGGCCGAGGUUGGUGUCGUUUUCUACCUGGAUGAACUCACAGACGUCUCUGAAGAGUCGGGGGAUGAAGUGAAAUACAUUUGCAAUCAUCGCAUCAUCGAACGAGUCCGGCUCCGGCGGAUUCUGAAUCCUAGCGCUUGGAAGGAUGCAUCCACCUACCUGCGCGCAGAAGUGGAACCGUUUGAAGAUGACGAUCUGUUGGAGGAUGCCAAGGAACAACAGGAGGAGGUGAUGGCAUUGCUCACACGCCUGGCUAGUCGACAGGAGGAGAUGGGCGGUCCACACUUCGAGAGCCACAUUUCGGACUAUGCUAACGCAUCUUGCGCUGAGCAGGGUGGACUUUGGACGUUGGCGGAUGUUUUCGCCGAGUACUUUGAAUUUCUGCAAUCUGAAAAGGAACAAAACCUGGAUAUUGACAUUGAGCAGGUCUAUCGCAAGUACAAUUUGGAGGAUCAAGAUGACGACAACGCAGGCACUGCGCCCUUUGAUGAAGAUGUGAAGGAUGCCCCGGGUGGUGCUCCCAUGAGUUCCUACGAACCCUAUGAGGAUGACUACGAGUACGAGGAGGUAGAUCUGAUGGAGCUUCCGAGCAACGCGCGCAGCGAACUUUGGAGGCUGCAGGAGCAGUUCGAGGAGGAGGCCUCUGUACUUAACGACGACUUGAUGCUCUUUGUGCAUCAGAUGUUACAGUCCAGAUCUCAUGCUGAGCGCUUGAAGAUCAUGCAAAGGGCCUUGCUCCAAGAGGAGAGGCGCCUGGCUGCGCGAAAGGCCUUGCAAUCUGUGAUGUUGAGCAUAGGCUCGAAGGAGGGUGGCCCCGCUGUGAGCCGGGCGUUUUUCGAUGUAGAUUCGCUGUGUUGCGAUGGUGGAGCAGAGAAAAAGGGUCCUGCCGGAAGGGGCUCACCCAGCUGGCUAUGUUUGUUGGUUUAUGAUCUCAAUCUAGUUGGGGCUCCCCCGUUUUCUCAAUCUGGUGCUUAG